AUCACAAAUUGCCAUUUAUCUAGGUAAUACUAUUUUACUUUUUAUUCGUGCAUUUGGUCAUAUAAAUGUGCUUAAAACUAAUAAAAAUAUGCAAUUGGUGAAGAUUAACGCAUGACUUGUCAGCAGAGUACGGAAUGUAAGCAUGUGCCAUGAAAUUGCAAUUCUUUUAUCCUGUAUUUUCUGUCAUUUGCAUACUGGUUCCAUUUAGAGGAUAGUCCAUUCUUACUUUUUUUCCAUAGAUUGGCCAAAAUGGGAAGGAUUGGAAUCCGUUCUCUUCCACGAAGAGUCAAUGGGACUGGCUAAGAUCAAAGUCUGAGGCUUUUUCCAUCUGUAAUCAGUCCCUUUUUGCUUUCUUUUACGACCACAUGAAACUUGAGAAGCCACCUAAAGCUAUAUCAUUUAGUGGAGUUGGGCAGUUCCCAAGUGUCCAACAAGAAGGCCUGGUUUAGGCUGCGAUGGCCACUGUCAUUCCUGGUGAUUUGUCAGAAGUAAGAGAUACCCAGAAAGUCCCUUCAGGGAAACGUAAGCGUGGUGAAACCAAACCAAGAAAAAACUUUACUUGCCAACUGUGUGACAAGGCCUUUAACAGUGUUGAGAAAUUAAAGGUUCACUCCUACUCUCACACAGGAGAGAGGCCCUACAAGUGCACACAACAAGACUGCACCAAGGCCUUUGUUUCUAAGUACAAAUUACAAAGGCACAUGGCUACUCAUUCUCCUGAGAAAACCCACAAGUGUAAUUAUUGUGAGAAAAUGUUUCACCGGAAAGAUCAUCUGAAGAAUCACCUCCAUACACACGACCCUAACAAAGAGACGUUUAAGUGCGAAGAAUGUGGCAAAAACUAUAAUACCAAGCUUGGGUUUAAACGUCACUUGGCCUUGCAUGCCGCAACAAGCGGUGACCUCACCUGCAAGGUAUGUUUGCAGACUUUCGAAAGCACAGGAGUGCUUCUGGAGCACCUUAAAUCUCAUGCAGGCAAGUCAUCCGGUGGGGUUAAAGAAAAAAAGCACCAGUGCGAACAUUGUGAUCGCCGGUUCUACACCCGAAAGGAUGUCCGGAGACACAUGGUGGUGCACACUGGAAGAAAGGACUUCCUCUGUCAGUAUUGUGCACAGAGAUUUGGACGAAAGGAUCACCUGACUCGACAUAUGAAGAAGAGUCACAAUCAAGAGCUUCUGAAGGUCAAAACAGAACCAGUGGAUUUCCUGGAUCCAUUUACCUGCAAUGUGUCUGUGCCUAUAAAAGACGAGCUCCUUCCGGUGAUGUCCUUACCUUCCAGUGAACUGUUAUCAAAGCCAUUCACAAACACUUUGCAGUUAAACCUCUAUAACACUCCAUUUCAGUCCAUGCAGAGCUCGGGAUCUUCCCACCAAAUGAUCACAACUUUACCUUUGGGAAUGACAUGCCCAAUAGAUAUGGAUGCUGUUCAUCCCUCUCACCACCUUUCUUUCAAAUAUCCAUUCAGUUCUACCUCAUAUGCAAUUUCUAUUCCUGAAAAAGAACAGCCAUUAAAGGGGGAAAUUGAGAGUUACUUGAUGGAGUUACAAGGUGGCGUGCCCUCUUCAUCCCAGGAUUCUCAAGCUUCGUCAUCUAAGCUAGGCUUGGAUCCUCAGAUUGGGUCCCUAGACGAUGGUGCAGGGGAUCUCUCCCUGUCCAAAAGCUCUAUCUCUAUCAGUGACCCCCUAAACACACCAGCAUUGGAUUUUUCUCAGUUGUUUAAUUUCAUACCAUUAAAUGGUCCUCCCUAUAAUCCUAUAUCAGUGGGGAGCCUUGGAAUGAGCUAUUCCCAAGAGGAAGCACAUUCUUCUGUUUCCCAGCUCCCCCCACAAACACAGGAUCUUCAGGAUCCUGCAAACACUAUAGGGCUUGGGUCUCUGCACUCGCUGUCAGCAGCUUUCACCAGCAGUUUAAGCACAAGCACCACCCUCCCACGUUUCCAUCAAGCUUUUCAGUAGGAUUCUGGGAUGUGGAUUUAUUACAGAAAUGUAUGCGUAGCCCUGCCCUAGAUGACCGUUUUUAUUUUAGUGCCUACUUUAAGGCAGUAUAAAACUUUCUGCUUUUGUAUAAUACCAGUUUUCAUUAAGCCAGUAUGAAAUAGAAACUAGCUUUUUUAAUGAGCUUUGGAACCAUUUGUGUUCAGUUAUGUUUACCUGGGUAUUUUGUCCUGAUUCACUGCCAAUUGUCAUAUUUUAAGAGGUUUUUUCACAUAGGAAAGCCAUUAUUAUUAGGAAAGUUUUAUAAAUCCCAUGUUCAAAUUACUUUUAGAUCUUAAAAUUUUCAUUUUUGUCCAAUAACAAUGGCUCUACCUUUUGACAUUUGGCUCAUUAAAAAAUUAUGCAACAGAAUGUAAAUUUUAUAAAAUGUAUGUGAAUAACUCAAGACUUUUAAAAUUUUUACUAGCCUCUAAAUGGAUUCAUAAUCAAAUGUUUUAAAUGAAUUAAGAAUCCAGUUUGGGGAGAUAACAGUUAAGUUUCUUAGCUAUACCAUAACUUCAGAUCAGUAUAUUUUGAAGACUUGCUAUUGUCUGGCUGAAAUAUUUGCUGUCUUUAUUAUGAGCAUAUAAGGAAACAAACCCUAAACACAAAGCACCAGUAUUUAUAGCAAAAAGAAUUCCUAGUAAGGUGACAUGGCAUUUCAUGUUACCUAAUAGUUGGUCCUAAAUUAGUAUACAAGAUGUUUGCCACUUUUCAACCAUCUUGCUAUUUUUCCAUUUAAUAUAUUAAUAGCUUAUGGUAUCAGAGUCUUCAGAGUCAAUCUAUAGACAGAUCUCUUUAAUCUUUCCACCUUUCACAGCCAAAGGGUGGGUCAAGUACAGCCAGCAAUUUUAUUUUGAUUGUUGGUCCAUGGUUAGUCCAGAAUCUAGAGCCAUUGUAGCACUACAAGCAUUAGGUAUGUUUAUCCCACAGUGGACUGUCUCAGCAUCUAUGGUGUAGUAGACUCCUAAGCAGGAAGGUAGAUGUGAAACACACGGUUUACACUUGGGAACUUGGGUGAGGUUCAUGUCCCCUGUUGUCAGGGUUGAAAACUAGACUCUUUAGGAGUAAAGUAAAAGCAUGUUGCUUAUAUCACUUCUUGCUGAAUUUGACACAUUUUUCUUUCCUUUAAGAACCAAAAGCAGAAAACAAAAACAGUCCUACCCCCAUGGUAUCUGUCUUAUUCAGUGUGAAUCCAUUUUUUCUUCUGAUUUUUAGAUGGAGAAUUUCAAGUUAAAUGCAUUAGAAAACUAUUUGAGGAAUUACCACAAAGGUUUAAGUGACUAAAAAUAUAUACAGUAAAACCCCACUUUUAUGCAUCUCUGGGAAAGGGGAGGAGUGUUGCAAAUAAGUUCAGUUUGUAGAGGGGAACAAAGUAAAGUAAAAUAAGCACUAUCUUGGUUAAUGUGAAAAUAACAAUUGAGAAUAUUGUAUUCACUGAAUAAAACAGUUAUUAUAGGCUUUCCUCACGUUAGACAACCACCAUAAUCUUCUCUAAGGUCUAACUACUCUUUUUUCUAAGCAUCAGUUGGGACAUCAACCUAAGAAACAUAUCUAUUAAGCACUUGUUAACACCUUAUUUUGGGACUCUAUCUGUUGGGGUAAGGGUGAGGGUGGGAGGUUUAUAGAAGAGUAUAUAUCUCUUUAAAAAAAAAAUAUUCUGAGCACUCAUUAGCCCUAUAUGGAAGCUUCUUUCCCUUUUGUAGGGCUAGUUAUCACUGCAGAUUGCAAUGUUUACCAAGAAUUUCUAAAAAUGAGUGCAGAUUACUGAUUAUAAUGCAUUAUUUAAAAUAUUUGGGAGUAGUAUAAUUUGUGGAAAAAUGUAAAUUGUAAUAAUGUAAAUGGGGGUUUCACUAUAUAUAUUACACACACACACACACAUAUCGCACUUCAUAGAAUCAGAGUUGCUCUCUGAAGGAGCUUUGGCCCCUUAUAUUUUAAUCAUGCUCCUAUUUUUUUUAAUCCUAGGAGCAGUAGUUUUUAUACUUAUGUAUUUAAAUUUUAUUAUGAAAAAUUACAUUUUAUUAAAAAGUGUGUUCCAAAGGCAUUAAAAUUAUAUAUGUUAAUAAGGAAAUACAUUUUUAAAUUUUUCAAACUGCUCCUAAGCUUUUGGUUAGGAGAAUAUUUGCUCUGAAAGUAGGCUUUCGCUCUGCUUCACCACUGCUUCCUUUAGUUUCUAUGAAACAGAUUGCUUACCUAGAUCUUUAGUUGAAUGAUUAGUGUUCAAUAUUGCUUUAAUCACCAUAUAAAAGGAAAAAAAUUUGGUGACAGCACAAAUAAAUAGAAACCUAUUUUUAAAUAGAAAUCACAAAUAGCAAGUGUGGAAGCACUACUUUAUUCUAUCUAAAAUUUGCUUAAGAAGUCAUCAACUUAAUGAACUGAGACGUUGGCCUUAGUAGGCUGUUUUUCACUGCUAAUAAAAAAAAAAGGGAGUACCAGGAUUUAUUAAAUAAAGCAUUUUGGAAAUGGGGAAUGGCACCAUAUAUGUGUGCGUGUCUGUGUAUGUACCUGUAUACAUACAGACACGCACACAUAUACACACCUUUUUUUAACCUAAUUCUCACCCUGUGUGGAAUUCAGAUGCAUCUUUCAGGGCACCAGUGUUAAAAUUGUGGAGUCUUAAUUCUUAUAAGUACACUGCUUUGCCUAUUGCUGCCCCCACAGACUUGAAAUAACACUUCAAAGUAAGAGGGAAUUCAGCUAAUUUGUUUUUAAAAUUGACUGUAGUGGUCACUAAACUCUUUUCGAGAGAAUUUCUAUUAAAGAUGAGGCAGACUUGUUUAUUUUAAUUGCACAAUGUUCUAACAAGGAUGUAACACAGAAUUGGCUCUCUUUUUUCCUAGAAAAAAAUUGUUUCUAUGUCAACAGAUAUGAUUAAAAAUAAUUAUUGCCAAUGCUGUUUUCAUUCUCCAGUGGCCAGAAUCAUCAUCCUUGAAAUUUCUGGUAGUGCCUUAGCUUGGUUAAAAAAA